CAUGUGACCUCCAAAUACAAGCUUAUAGGCUGAACAUAACCAGCUUCUGAAUGUCACUGAAUAAUAAAACUGUGUAAGUUUUUCUUGGCAUCUUGAGAAGUGGAAACACUGAAUAUACUUGCCAUUAAUCGCAAGUAUGUGACUAUGCACAACAGGGCUUUGUUCGCUGCAUUUCUUUGCCAACAUCCACUUGCUUGCACGAUGCCAUUCACAUCCAUAGAAAUAAACAGAUGUCCAUGAAACUACUUUCGAGGAUAAAGAAGGGGACACUAUUUUGUUAUUGUUGCAGCACAGGUAGAUUUAAUAACAAUGUACAGUUUCAAGGUUUCAACUGUAAUCAUAAAUUGCCAAUGUCAUUUCUACCCACUGCCAAUCUAAGUCUCACAAGAUUAUGUAGCGAGGGUCGGUUGAAGGAAGCCUUACACAUUCUCCUUACCACACAAAACCCAAAUGUAGAAUCGUCCACAUAUCUUAAACUAUUGCAGGCCUGCAUUUCCAAGAAAGCCCUUUCAGAGAGCAAACGAAUCCAUUCCCACAUCACCCACAUGGGAUUUGAAUUUGCUACAGGCACAUUUUUUCAAAAUAAUCUUAUCAACGUGUAUGUCAAGUGCGGUGGUUUGGGUGAUGCUCGUAAAGUGUUUGACGAAUUGACAGAACGAGACGUGAUCUCGUGGAAUAUCAUAAUUGCAGCUUAUAGAAGAGAUGGGUGUCCACACGAGGCAUUAUCACUGUUUCGUCAAAUGCAACGAACAUGUGUUCAACCCGAUCAGUUCACCUUUGCCAGCGUCCUCCCUGGCUGUGCCAAAAUAAGGGAUUUGAAACAGGGUAUGGACAUCCAUCAAAGCAUAAUGGAAAGGGGAUUUUUGUCAGAUGUUGUCGUUGUAAGUGCCCUGAUAGACAUGUAUGCAAAAUGUGGAGACAUACUCAAGGCGCGCGAACUGUUUGAUAAAAUGCCUGAAAGAGAUGUAGGCUCGUGGAAUGUAAUAAUUGCAGGAUAUGCACAAGAUGGGUUUGUUGAACAGGCCUUGGAGUUUGUUAAGCAAAUGCAAUUUGCAGGUGUAAAGCCAAUUCCCUCAACCUUUGCAAGCAUCCUCCCAGCCUGUGCGAAAAUGGGAGCUUUAGAAUAUGGUAUGGAUAUCCAUCGACGCGUAAUUGAAAGCGGAUUUUUGUCAGAUGUUGUGGUUGUAAGUGCCCUGGUAGAUAUGUAUGCGAAAUGUGGGAGAAUACACACUGCACGUGCACUAUUUGAUGGAAUGCCUGAUAGAAAUGUGAUCUCAUGGAAUGGGAUGAUUGCAGGAUAUGCACAAAAUGGUGCUCUCGAUGAGGCUUUAAAGCUUUUCAAGGAGAUGCCUCAAAGAAAUGUCAUCUCGUGGACAUCAAUGAUUGCAGGAUAUGCACAAAAUGGCGUUCUCGACGAGGCUUUAAGACUCUUCAAUGAAAUGCCUCAAAGAGAUGUUAUCUCAUGGAAUGCUAUGAUUGCAGGAUAUGCCAAAAACGGGUUUGUUGAGAAAGCCCUGGAAACUUUUAAGCAAAUGCAAUUGGCAGGUGUAGAGCCAGAUUCCACAACAUUUGCCAGCAUCCUCCCAGCUUGUGGCAAAAUGGGAGCUUUGGAAAAGGGUAUGGACAUCCAUCAAAGCAUAAUUGAAAAUGGGUUUCCGUCCGAUAUUUCAGUUCCAAAUGCUCUGAUAGACAUGUAUGCAAAAUGUGGACGAUUAGAGAAGGCACGCGAAUUGUUUGAUAAUAUGCCUCAAAGAGAUGUGGUCUCAUGGAAUGCGAUGACUGCAGGAUAUGCACAAAAUGGAUUUGCUGAAAAAGCCUUGGAAAUUUUUAAGCUAAUGCAUUUGGAAGGUGUAAAGCCAGAUUCCACAACUUUUGUUAGCAUCCUCCCAGCCUGUGCCAAAAUGGGGGCUUUGGAACAGGGUAUGGACAUCCAUCAAAGCGUUAUUGAAAGCGGAUUUCUGUCGGAUGUUGUAGUUGCAAGUGCUCUGGUAGACAUGUAUGCUAAGUGUGGAAACGUAAAUACGGCUCGUGAUCUGUUUGACAACAUGCCUCAAAGAAAUUUGAUCUCAUGGACUGCAAUGAUUGCAGGAUAUGCACAAAACGGCUUUUGUAAAGAUGCUAUCAAACUCUUUGAACUAAUGAAACACUCUGGGACAUUGCCUGACUAUGUAAGCUUCGCUUGUGUUUUAUUAGCAUGCAGUCAUGCAGGUUUAGUGAGUGAGGGAUGUAAAUACUUCAAUGUCAUGAAUGACUCUUACUGCAUUACACCUACAAUCGAUCAUUACGUGUGUAUGGUUGACCUUCUUGGCCGUGCUGGCUAUCUUGAAGAAACUCUAAACUUUAUCAUCAAAAUGCCAUCUAAACCUGUGGUGGUUGUGUGGACAUGUUUGCUUGGUGCCUGCAGAACACAUAAGAAUAUAGAAUUAGGAGUAUUUACAGCAACUCAUCUGUUUGAGUUGGAUCCUAAAAACACUUCGACUUAUGUUCUUCUGUCCAACAUCUAUGCAGAGGUGGGAAGGUGGGGUGAGGUUCACAUGGUAAGAAGAUUGAUGGAAGAUAAAGACAUAAAAAAGAUACCUGGAUGUAGUUGGAUUGAAGGUCAUAAAAUGGUAGAGGCUUUUAGUGUAGGAGAUAGAUCACACCCACAGACACAGGAGAUCUAUGCAAAGUUGGAGAAAUUGUCUUGGGAGAUGAAGAUGACAGGUUAUCUUCCAGACUCCAGAUACGUACUGAAUGAUGUGGAGGAGGAGGAAAAAGAAUUAUUCCUCUGCCACCACAGUGAGAAGUUGGCAAUUGCAUUUGGAUUGUUAAACACGCCUCCUGGAUCAACUAUCAGAGUUGUCAAAAACCUUCGAGUAUGUGUUGACUGUCACACUGCAACCAAGUUUAUCUCCAAGAUUGUUGCAAGGCAAAUUGUUGUAAGAGAUGCAAACCGGUUUCAUCAUUUCAAAGAAGGACAAUGUUCUUGCAAAGAUUAUUGGUGAUGCUAAGGGAAGCAAUUUGUCAUCAUAGGCUUGUACUUAAAGCGGAUGCAGCGUGUCACACCUGUAGUGAUAAAGAAGGAACCAGGGAACUUUAUCUGGAGGUGGAGACAGGGAAUGAGCAAAAGGAGAGGAACAUGAGUUAAGGAAAUGGAUUAAUGUUUGGUCAAGAGGAAAUGCUAGGAAACUGAUUACAGUCAAUCCAGUGCUUGGAGAAGAUGGUAAAAGCGCCUCUUCUCAUACUAACCUUUGUUAUUUUGUGCGGUCCUUUUAUUUGGAUUAAUUGUAUCAUUCUAUGUCAAUUAUGCCAUUCUUGUAUGAAAUUGUUUAUUUAUUCUUUUGGAUCUACAUUAAUUUAUGGGCAGAGAUUUAUAAUUUUGCUUCA